AUGACAAGCUGUCAGCAACAUUUCUCUUCAAUAGGUCAGCAUCAGCAGCAAGCAGGUGGAAACUGUUUUCCUGCUUUAGGACCAGACACCCGUUCUUUUCAAAUCUCUCGUCAAACGGCCAUGACAGUGAAAGAAAGAACUAGCAAGAGAGCGAGUGGAGAGAAAUCUGCUUAUCGACAUGUCCCUCACAGCCAAAAACCGCCACAAGUUGUCGAGCGUCGAAAUGCACGAGAAAGAAGGCGCGUACAAGCUGUUAACACUGCCUUUUUACGUUUAAGGAAGCACGUGCCUUCCCAUACGAAACAGAAAAGACUGUCUAAAGUGAAAACCCUCCGGGUUGCGAUAGAUUAUAUAAAGCAACUACAGGACAUGAUUGUUGACCAUGAUCAUACCCCAGCCAGCUUCCACAGGAAGAUCAUGCCAAGCACGGACAAUGUUGGCCAGGAAAACGUCAUUCCUAAACUUAGAAAUAUUCACGACAACCUUGUAAUGGUCCAAAGGAAGCAGCAAUUCCCAUGGGACAUGCCAAAAAACUGUACUCCACAACAGGUGAGUUAUCCUUCCGCCCACACGAGCGAUGAUGACGACACAGUUGUUUCACUUCCGGAAUAUGGCUCUCUGGGAAUGCACGAAAUCACAAGCCUCCCGGACACGUGACUUCAUUCCUCAAUCUUCAUUAGUUUACAGUUUAUCUAUGGAUCAUUCAACGUGGUCAGUUAAACAGCUCCUAUUCAUUCCCAACAGUGUGUUUCAUACAUCUUUUUUAUCGUGUUUACCGGAAGUGCAUUGUUUGACUGUUGUCUUGGAUAUAGGAUUACGUCAUAACUAUAAAAAAACGCCUUUUUCCUUAAUGUCUGGAGAUUCCAUUACAAAUACAGAGAACAGUGAACAUCGUAAGUCACUUCCAGCCGAAGUGGCAUGAGUGUGUAACGACUGGAUGCAAGGACAUUUUUAUAGUUAUGAAAAUGUUUGAUGUUUUUUUUUCUUUUUCUUUUUUCUUCGAAACAACGGCUUUAUGGCGGACUACCGAAUACGGGGAGGCUGGAUAAAGAUAAUCUGAAUGUGCAUCCGAUAUUUGUUCUUCGUUUUGAAAAAUCGUGAAAACACGGAUAUUCCAGGCAUAAAGUGGGUUCUAGGUCUGUUGUUUCUGCGAGAAUGGUCUGUAGCCGAUCGAUUAACAUGCCACCAAAAACGGCAAAGGAGUACCGGAUAUCGCGUGUCAAAAGAGCAUAUCAAAGGAUACAAUCAUUUAAAUGAAACGACAUCUACAAUAUCUUCAAAGAAAGCCGGUCGCUGAACAAAUUAGACAUUCAUUUAAACGUUUAUAAAGCCUGGCAUGGAUGGAACUUAACGACCAUCGAUUGCCUUAGAGCGGCCAUAUUUGAUGUUUCCUUUUCCGAUAGAGAAUACCCAGAAUGAAGAUACAAUUGAAAAUGCCGGUGAUAAUCUCUGAUCGACGCUUUCAUUGGUUUGUGACGUGAUUACGUUUCAUCACGGUUAAACAUGAUUUAAUUAUACUAAAUAUAGCUGCAUUAAUUGUAGUUACUAGGAAACACUACCAUCAAGAUGUAACGGCAUUAUUCAAAAUGUUCGUUUUGUUUAAUCACUAUGUGUAGAUAUUAUGUAAAUAUGA